AUGGCGUCUAGUAGAUACGCCCAACCAGAAAUCAACGCCGACCCCUCUCCCGCGGCAUUGAACCGUCUGGCAUCCAAGCGACUCCUCGAAGAUGAUUCUUUCUGUACAGGAUCACCAACAAACAAGCGUAUCAAAGCCGAGCCAUCCUCCUCAGUCUCCGGCACCGGCGUUCCUCGCAUCAAGUUGGAGCCCUCCAGCUCCCACACAGAAACCCGUCCCAUGCACCGCGCACCCGAGAACGACAUAAUCGAAAUCAUCAAGACAUGCACAAAAGUCAACCUCAGACCUUUCGAACUCGAGUACCUCAGCAAGAUCCAAACUAGAAUCGACUGGGUCUUCAACCAUGGCGCAAAGUCUUUCGACAUCCUUUCCGAGAUCAAGGCAAUGCCAAAUAACCCGCCUCAUUCCUACACGUUUAGUCUCAAGCCCGAACAGAAUCGCCGCAUCGGCGAAUUGCAGAAGAGGAUGAAGGACGCUCAGACUCAAUUUAAUGCUCAGGGCGUGAAAGCUAAUCCAACAUCGACUCCUAAGGGCAGGAAGAUCAAGAAUUGUCGGGCGAGGACUAUGAAGUCACCGUCGGUGUCUGCAGAGCAGGGAUUCAAGGUUGAGAAGCUCUUGGGCAUGUUGAUGCUGAAUGACGAGUCUGGGGCUGCUGUUGCUCAAGCGGCGUCCAACUUGCUUGCUAGUAGGGGGCUGAAGUUUACUUUGUGUGGGAAGGAGCUGCGGUUGGUGGAGAUGUAG